UCCAAUAAGAACUUAUUUACAUUUUUUGUGUGGAGACAGAGUGUUGGUGUUCGUGUAUAUUUUUGUGCAAAAUAAUAUUUUUUUAAUUAAAAGAAAACAAAAUAAAAAUUACUGUUUAUAAUAUUUUUAUAUAAAACACGUGAUAAUUAAUUAACACCAAAAAAAGAACAAAAUAAAUUUAAUGUAUAAAAGUAAAAAAUUAAAAAAAUAUAUCAUAAAGGAAGGGAGACAAAAACUACAACAAAACACUCUAUUUUAAGGCAAACAACAGAGACAAAAAAAACGCUUCUUCAACAACACGUUGUUGUUAAAAUUGUAUUAAGUUAAACAGUUAAAAGGGAAAUUCAUUAAACAAAUGUUUAUAUAUUUUUUAUAAAAAUAAUUCUCCAUAUUUUAAAGAAAAAAAGAAGCGAAAAAAUCAUGUGAAAAAUCGAUUGGAAGUUGGAAGAUAUAAAAAGCGUAGAAAAAAAUCUGUGGUCAUUUCCCAUGCCAUGUAGAUGACAUUGGAAUUUUCUCACACAUUUGUACAUACAUACACAAAACGUACGUACAGACAGUUUGAAGAAACAAAAUAUCUCUCUGGCUGUUCAAACAACUAAGAAGAAGAAGAAAAAUUGACAAUUAAAAUGGAAAUGUCAAAAAGCGAUGUGAAAGCGCAAUUUUAUUUUUCUGAUAGUUUGUGUUUUUUGUUAUUGUAACCAUUGUAAAGUGACAUCAGUGUGGUUGUAAGAAGAAAAACGGAAAGAAAGGCAUCGCAAAAGAAGAACGAAAAAGACAAACAAAAUAAAAAUAGACAAAAAAAAAAGAAAUUUGUAUAUAUUUUUUAAUUUUCUUAAAUAAUUUUUGUAUGAAAUACAAAUGAAAUAAAGAAAACUUGGAUAGAGCAAAAAAAGUGUUGAGCACUUUUUCUGGUUUUCAAUGUGGAAUAAAAAGAAGAAAACUUUAUUACUUGCACCACUUUCAUCAUUAUCGUCGUCUUCUUCGUUGACUUCGCCCUCGCUGUCUUCAUCAUUGUUGUUACUUCGUAAAAACUUUACGGUUGACUACUUGAAAGUAGCAACAGCAGCUACUACUACCCCAACAGCAUUAAACUGCAACAACAAUUGUUCCUGAUUGCAUUUGUGUGUAGUGUGAGUGCGGUGUAAAAAAUAAUGGAAUCUGGUCCCAAUGGGAUAAAAGUAGAGCCAUCAUUAGAACAGCAACAUUUACAGCAUCAGCAACAACAUCAUCAUCAACAAUAUGCCACAAAUUUGCUAGCUCUCAAUGGCUCUAACGCCCGCCUUCUUAUCGAUCAUCCAUCAACGCUGCUGGUACCGUUGUCACAUCACCAACAGCAAUUGCAACAAUUGCAGCUACAACAACAGCACCAGCAGCAGCAGCAACAAUUGCAACAGCAUCAUUUGCAGCAGCAGCAAUUACAACAGCAUUUAGCUUCACAGCAGCAGCAGCAACAACAACAGCAGCAGCAAGAUCAAUUGCAGAUACAACAGCAGCAACAACAAUUGCAGUUGGCCGCAGCGGUCACCUAUCCGCAGCCUUUGUCCCUUAAACAACCACCCCUACCCAUUCCCAUUAGCAAUAAUACCGUCGGCGGAACUGCAAGUGUAACUGGAACCGGAACCACCGCGAAUAACACAACAUCGUUGGGGCCGGCGUCAGUGACCUCGUCCACCUCAUCGGCCGUCCGUCAUCGUUGGAACGAAAGUCCAGAGGCACGGGCCCGUCGUUUGGCACGCAAUGCCGAAAGGAUGCGAGAACGACGCAAUCGUGAAACCGAAGAUGAAUAUCGCAAGCGGCUGGCACGUAAUGCCGAGGCCAAUCGAAUGCGUCGACAAAAUGAAAACGAAAUGGAAAGAGCCAUGCGUUUAGUACGUAACGCCGCACGGCAGCGUCUGCGUCGCGCCAUGGAAUCGCCAGAUCAAAGGGCAAAACGACUGCUAAAACUUGCCGAACGGAUGCGUAUGUAUCGAGCCAAUGAAUCACCGGAGCAAAGGAAAAUUCGUCUCGCCGAAAUGGCAGCCAGAGCCCGGCAGCGUAUUGCCAGUGAAUCCCCCGAGCAGCGUAAGGAGCGACUGAAAAAACUCAAUGAGUAUGCGAGAAAGGUCAGAGAAAAGAAAAAAAUUAUAAAACACGGCGCGGCGCAGACUCCGAAUUCGAAUCAGAAUUCGAAUACGACGCAAAGCGCUUCAAUAAAUUGUAAUAAUAACGACUCUUUAAAUCUAAAUCAUCAGGCACCACCCUCAUCAGGCGGAACAACAACAGCAGGAACUGGAGCUGGAACAAACACGGCCACACCGACCGGAAACGAUGAACUAUCCCGACAAACUGCCGGCGGCGCCCAAGACGACCAGCAACAACAGCUAACAGCAUCAUAUCAACAAGCUGCCGCCCUGGCAGCCAAUCCCAUUGAAUACUAUCAAAACAUGUUCAUCAAUCCAGCCACUUUACGCACAGGCAGUGCUGCCCUCCUCAAGCAGGAACCCCAAACACAGCAGCCUCAAUCUCAACAAGCCACCAAUAAUCAACAGAAUCGUUUUGGCACUCCCCAACAACAGUCUGCAGCUGCAAAUCUGCUUGAAUCGGAAACUUCAAACAUUUUUCAGCAACAGCUGUACGAUGAGGCCUCCCAAAAGGCCAAGCUGCCAAACGCAGCAGCAGCUAAUGUUCCUCAUUUCAGCACAAUCGCGAGUUCGAUAGAAUUAUAUCAGAAUAAGUAUGCUAAGAAGCCGGAGCUUCAACAGACAAACAAUGCAGCGAACAGCAGCACCAGCGGCAACAAUAACAACAGCGGGUCUGUUGGAGUCCCUACCGGAGGAGGUGGAGGAGGAGGACAAAAUGAAAAAAGUGAAUCAAAAGUAAAAACCACACAUCCACAAAUACAAAAUCCCCCAACACCACUCUACAAUCAAUUUCCCUAUUUGGCAACAUUUCCGGCAGCUGCAGCCAACUCAACGGUGGCUGUAACAACCCCGCCAAAUACACCAACCCAAACAGCCGCCUAUUAUCCUAUGUAUCAUAAUGGCUUUCAGCUGGGCAUAGCGCCGAAUACAGUGCCGCCGCCCUUUACGCCAGUACACUUUUCAACAGCCUCAAAUGCCGUUGGAUCCACGCCACCAACUAGUGCUGCUGCCAGCCAACAACAACACGUAAUACAGGAUUUUCCAAAAGCGGUCCGCGGUCGUCCUAGAAAGCUGUUUAGCUCAAUUAAAGAUGCAGGUGUAACGUCGCAGGACGAUGUACUUCAGCAACAAGAGCAGCAGCAGAAAAUGAGUGCUUUGCUAGAACAGGAGAUCAAUCAAAUGCUAGCAUCUCCACAGUAUGCUCAGCGCCGCGGACGUGGUCAACAAUAUCAACAGUUAAACACACAAUUACAACUACAGCAGCAACAACAACAACAGCAGUUGCAACCUAAUCUACUGCAACAACAACAGCUACCAGAACAUUCCUCCCCCAACAUUAUACGCAGCAAUGGUAAACUCAAAUACGAGAGUGACGAUGAGAAACGCAAACGUCUCGACAAAAUGGCUGCCCAUCAGAGAGCAUUACGAGCUAACGAAACUGCCGAACAACGAGUAGUACGUUUACAAAAACUCAGUGAACGAGCCCGUCUCAAACGCGCCGAAAUCCGUGCCUCAGAAACGGCCGACGAGAAAAAGGUGCGCCUCUCCCGACAAGCCGAAUAUGCACGCAUGCGUCGCCUCAGAACUCAUACACCUCACUUUCGCACUAAAAUCGAAGAUGGUGGCUCCACCACGCCAUCGGGCAUCUAUGAACAAUCACUGGGUGCUUCUACAAACGGUGGUUAUGAAAGAAAACCUAUUCUUAGUGGCGAUAUUGGUGGUGGUGGUGGUGGUAGCAGUGUUAGCGGCGGUAGUAUAUCACAGGAAAGUGCCUCAAAUAGUGGGGAACAGCAGCAGCAGCAGCAACAACAACAACAGCAGCAGCAGCAACAGCAACAACAGCAGCAGCAACAACAACAGCAGCAACAAUUGUUACAAAUGCAACAUCAACAAACACAACAACGUAUGUUACUUCCAGGUCAAACUCCAAAUCUACUUCAAAUGAACAACAACCACAAUAAUAAUUUCAUAAAAGGCAACAAAGAAUACAAUAAUGGUCAACCGGAAAAUAAUGACAUGUUAAAAAUUCUUGAACCCAUAAUUGUUAUGAAAACAAAAUAAUUAGAACCAUAUUAAACUCAAGCAAAAUACUGUAAGAAUGAUCAUGAUGAUGAUGAUGAUUGUCGAUAAAAUGUUAUGUAGACUUUAAAAACGAAAUUUAUCUAUUAGUAGGUAUUUGCUAAUACAUUCACUUUUUCUUGUACUCAAACUACGGUUCCUAAUCGGAAAGAAUUUCCCGGGAAAUUACUAGAUAUAAGUAAAAAGCCCAAGAUUAUCUCAAAUCCAGAAAAAUAUUUUUUAACCGGAUUUUUUUUUAAUUUUUUUCACUACACAAUUUAUUUUCAAAUUUUAGACUCAAAUUUUUUUUAUAUUUUUUUAUAUUUUUUUUUAUAUUUUUUUUAUAUUUUUUUUAUAUUUUUUUAUAUUUUUUUUUAUAUUUUCUUUUUUAUAAUUUUUUUUUAUCCAAAAGUGUUCGUUUACUAAUAAGGGUAAAGAUAUAAGAUGCGGUACAGCCGCAAUAAGAGUUUUGAAAACAAAAACAAAGCAAUUAAAAUGUUAUUUUUUUUUGAGAGAAAUCUUAUACCCAAACCAUUCUUAAGACGAAUCGGAAAUCGAAAAAUGAUUUAUGAAAACCCUUGUUUUAGUAUGAGUAGGGUUUGGGAUUUCCGGUACUUUUUUCCCCCGGGUAAUGGGAUUGAACAAAUUCCACUAUUUUUUUUAUUUACAAGUAAAAUAACCAUAUUUUUAUAAAACAAAAUUGAUAUUUUAUUUAUAAACAAAAUUUUAGUGAACAUUUUGAGAUCAUUUAUCACUAAACCUAACCUAACCCAAAAUAUGAUCACUUAAAUAGGCCGAUUUGUAUGAAAAAACACGAUAACAAGUUUUAAAAAUGUUCAUGAAGUUUCUCGAACUGGAAUUUUCAAAUUCAAAAUUCUAUUAUCAGGCACCACAAACUUUUGGAAAAUAAAUUUUGAGGGAUUUUUUUGUUUUUAUAGAAAAAGUGAAUGUUCUAAUAGCUUACAUUAACUAUGUUAUUAGUUGUCAGAAGUCUACAUUCUAAAAAUAAUAGAGUAAAAUCAAAUCAGAAAACACAUAGUUAUAAAGACCAUACAUACAUCAACAGAUCUAUUCAGAAUAAAAUCUACAUACAUGCAAUCAUUUAAUGCAAUAUAUAUCCUUUCUCACACAUACAAAACUAUAAAAUGUAGUUACAAAACAAAAAAAUAUAUUAUUGAAAAAACCUUAAAAUUAUUCUCAAAAAUAAUAAAAAUAAAUAAAAAAAAAUUUGUUAAGAGUAAAACCAAGACCUAUAAAAACACACCAUAUAAAAUAAAACACCAUAAAUAAUUGAAAAAAAGCAAAAAAAAAAUAAUUAAUAAAAAUAGAACACAUAGACACAAAACAUCAUAAUAAUCCUAACUAUUAAUAAAAAAAACAAUACAUUAUAAGUACAUACAUACUACAUAUAACAAUUAGAUGCAGUAGUAAUACAAACAUACAUAAUAUGUACGUACGUAUUUUAAUAAUAAUUUAACAACAAAUAUUUAAAUAAAUAAUUAACACUAAUUUUGUAGUAUAAAAAUAAUCUAUGACAAAAAUGAAAAAAAAAAAUAAAUUAAUACAAUUUGUAGUUACACAUAUUAGAUUAUGUUAAUUAUAAUUUUUCCUUUUCGUUAAUUUUUUUUAUGAAAACUCAUACAUAUAUUUUGUUUUUAUAUUUUCAAAAUUUAAUUUGUUUUAUUUUUUUAUAUAUACUAUUUUUUAUCAAUUAAUUGAUGUAUGUAGAAAGUAUACAUAUUGUAGUAAGCAAAAAACAAUUUAUACAUAUAUAUAGUAUAUUUAUAAAUACAUAUAAAUAAUAAAACAUCAAAAAACAUAUUAUAAUAAUGUCCUAAGAUUGUAAAACUAUUAUAAAAAUAACUAUUAAGCUAAUAUUACUGUGUAAUAACAAAAUAAUAAUAAUAAUAAUAAACAAAUAAAAACAUAAAAUUAAUAUACAUAACAUAUACAUAAAACUAUAUAUAUAAAUAAUAAAUAUACAUGCAUAUAUAUAUAUUUAAAGAAAUAAUGAACAACAUUAUGAUAUAUACAAUACAAUAUAUACAUAUAUAUUCAUAAUUUAAUAUACUGUAUACAUUAUAAAACAUAUUAUAUGUAUGAUUUAAAAACUAAAAAAAAGAAACGUAAUAAUAAAGUCAAUAAUUUUUUAAAGUAGUAAAACAAAAA